UUUUGAGUGCUUUAUGGGUAAACGUAGAGAGCAGUCGUGUUUUGGGUGUCGGAAAGGUUUACGAAAGGAAAACAAUUAAAAUCAGUUCUUGUUAGAGCUAGAGUAGAGAAGGGAUUUAGUAGUUAGACUUAGUGCAUAAUAUAAGCAGAAGAAAAGAGAGUCGAAGCCCCCGGGGACGAGCUAAAUUUUGUGUUAAAGUCAGGAAGGAGCAAAGGGAGGAUAAGAAACUCUUGAGUCUCAUACAGAAGCUCAGAGUCAGAAUGAGCAAUAAAAUGAACUGCGAUAGAGAAAAUAUGGCUUCAAAAAGAGCGGCUACAGAGGAAUUCCUGAAUGUAGCUCACGAACAAAGUCGGAUGGGACAAAAGGAUCAAGAACAAUGAACAACGAUGGAAGACAUAGAAACAAGCGAGGUGACGACUACGUCCCAAUUGAUCACUAGCCACUCACAACGCUUGAACAGUGGAAAAAUUUUAGACGCUGGCCCCUGUGAGCUAGUGAUCAAUCGGGACGUGGUCAAACGGGUGUCACUCAACAAGCGUACAGGUAAACGGUAAAGAAAGUGUGACACAUGUGGCGCAGGAGAAAGCGGUUAACAUGGCGAAAAAUGAUGCAAGAAGUGAUGAGGAAUUAUAGGAGGCUAAGAGAGGCCUAUGUUAACGAAAACAGAGUAUUAAAGCAUGUUAAUGAGAUCGACUUUUCACAAGAAAAUCCGCAGAAAAUCCGCUUUGACGAAAAUUGGGCGGACAAUUUUAAGGUUACAGUGAAGAUUUCAGACGGUCAUAACAUCACAAAGAAAAAUAGUAAUUUCUAUAAGAUUCUGUACAUCUUAAAAAAGAAGAAUAUUAAACUGCGAAAAAGCAUGAUGUUAAACUUUAGAUCAGGAAUGAUACAAUUUUUAAAUGCUACAGAGGCGAAUGCAGCGAUUAGCAAACUGAAUGAAGACUCGCCAACGACAAGAAUCUUAGCUAUUAUAGAGGAAAGGAAUACUUUUUUCAAGGGAGUGAUACCGAUGUAUGCAGAGAAUUUGGUGGAUUUGUUCGAAAAUAUUAUGUAUCCCGAGAUAAGAUAUUAUAAGAAUGGAAAGAUUGACAAGAAAAAGAUGGGAUGAAGCCAAUAAGAUUGAGACAUCGGUUGAUCAGCUUAUAAUUACUUUUAAAGGCAAUCAACCAAGAACAAAAUUAGAGGGAACACUUCUCAGUGCCAGUGAGACCAUUUGUGACGCCGAUAUUAUAAUGUUACAAGUGCUUUAGAUUUGACCAUAGAAAGAGUAAUUGCAAGAAUGAAGAGCGCUGCAUUAUAUGCGGCAGACAGGACAGAUGUAGAAACUGUCACAGAGAGCAUAGAUCCACGAACAAAAAAUGCUAUGCACAUGAGAGGAACCAGAAUCUACAUAUUAUUAUGGUUCAUCAUAAUGUAUCCUUCAGAGAGACUGUACAAAUACUAGAAGUAGAGGAAGAUAGACCGGCGCAAGUGUACGAUAGAUACGCUAGACCGGAUAAUUAGCCGUCUAUAUAGAGGCAAGGAAAAAGGAAAAGAGGAGAGCUCCACUCCAAUACAGAAAAGGGAUCCGAAAAGAAUAAAUUCGAUACCAAGAUCGAGAAGAAACAAGGGAAAGAGAUCUGGACAGAGGAAGUAGAGUGAACUUCGUAUCAUUCUUCGAAUAAUUCGGGAUUCUUACAGAUGAUAUCAAAGUCAAAAGCAAAGAAACGGAUAAACGGAUAGAAGAAAUAAAAAUAUUGAAUACUACAAUCAUUUUAAUUUGAGAGAAGGAGACAUCCUUCAGUAAGGACAGUAAGAACAAGAGAGGCAUGGCAAUACAGAAAGUAAAUUGGGAAACAGAAAACAACAAAGAAGAAAGAAGUGCCUCAUUAAUAGGAAAAGAACUACAGCAAAACUUGGAAAAACAAAAGAAUCUUAUAGCCGCUCUCCUGGUUGCAAUGGAUAGAGAAAGCUCCAUAAAAGAUAGAAAAAUCGGAGAGAGCAACGCAUAGAAAGGAUGUUAGGGACAGAGCAUUAAAGGAAAAGAAAAGAGAUAUAGAGAGAGAAGAAUUACAGAGAGAGAAUUACAGAGAGGAGUAGACAACAGUUCUGAGAGAAUGUGAAGAAGGACGAGUCAGAUAAGAAAUAAAUAAAAAAUAAAUAGCAUAAAGACAUAUUCAAGUAGAUAACAGAACAAGAAAAUUUACAAUGAAAGAGAUUCUUAUUUAGCUUCAACGUUAUUUGUUUUUGAGUUUACAUAUAUUGUUGGUCUCAUACAAUAAAGUUUUAUUAUUACG